AUGGCAGUAGUGGGCUUCUUAAACAAAGAGACUGAAAUCUGUGUUAGCAGUGGCUCCCAGUUCCUGCAGUGUGAUUGCAACUGUGGCUCUAGAAAUGGCAUGGAGAAAGAAAGUUACUUGAAAGAACUCCUUAAAGAGCUGCCUGAUGCUCAUUACUGCCUACUGAAGUACCUGUGCCAGUUCCUGAUAAAGGUUGCUGAACAUCGCAUAGACAACAGCAUGAAUCUUUGCAAUCUUGCCACUGUAUUUGGACUAAACGGUUUUCAGGGCUGGGUAUCAGAGGAGCUGCUGCCCUUAUCCUGUCCUUUGGUUGGCAUGCACCUGCCGGGGCUGGCUUCGGAGUGCGCCUUGUCCCGGUGCUUGGGCUGGCUCGGGGCGACCCCCAGUGGUUCUUUAGAGGCACCGCGGCAAAGCGUCUGGCGCCCACCGUGCGGGGCGACGGACGGACCCCCCCCCCCCACGGACGGAGUUAGCGGGGCUCGGACUAGGAGCCGACCCCCCGAAAAGAACUCCUGGCCGUCACGCAGCCUCGGCGUGAGCUGCCUCUUCAGAGGGCGUGCUCCCCGAGGACGGGAAGGCAGCGCCCUGUAUUGCACUCAUACACGGCAGAGGAACCCCCGAAGACCGGCUUUUCGCACCCGCGCCGGGUUUGGCCAUCCUCAGCCUUCUGUCAGACCCUCCACGCACUCUCCAGAGUAUGCUACAAGUCUGUCAAGUGAAGGUCCCGUUCCUCGCGCAGCAGAGUCACCCUGCUCCUGCUCCACCUACUAUUCCCGUGAGGACCGUGCGUGUGGCAGAGCAUCCCAACCAACGAACUCAGGCACAAAACUACCCAGCUCGGCGCGGAAGCUGUUUCCUCUGCAAGGAAGAGGGACAUUUCGCGCACGAGUGUCCAAAGAAGCCGAGAGGGAAGAGGAACGCUACACCACCGGGAACGCCACAGCCUUCCUGCAACGAACCAAAAAACUAAAGGGGGAGCACAGGUCCACCCGGCGUGAAGACCCCAACAGGGUGGACCACAGAGGGGGAGAUGUUUUUGGGGGUCGUUGGACUGACACAAAUAUACCGGACUGGACACUUUUGAAUCCUGCUCGAGACUCAGCCGAACCUGUUUUAACCACUUCUUCUCUCUUCAAACCUUACAGGUUACACCUCACUAGGAGCCUCCACCUACGGGACAGGGAUUGGCAUCAGGUCACCUUAAAUCCAAAGGAGCUGAAAGACUGGCCACUGGCGAAGGAAGGGUUCGAGCCGCAAGAAGACAAGAUUCAAAAGAUGCCGCCUUGGAAGUACCUGGGCCUGGAAAUCGGAAAGAGGACCAUUGUUCCUCAGAAAGUGGACAUUCGGACAGACGUCCGGACCCUUGCCGAUGCCCAUCAGCUCUGCGGUGCUUUGAAUUAGUUUGUUUUGUAGGUCCUACCCAUCCCAAGCCAACAUGCAGACCAUCCACCUCAUCAUCGUGAUCACCAGCCUCCUGACAACCAGUCAAGCCUGGCUUGUGCCACAGCCCGAUGCAAAUGUGUGGACCACGCUGGCGCGGUCCUUAGGCCAGGAUCACAUCUGCCUAAACCAGGCCAGUGCCUCGGACCCGAUCUCCUCCUGCCUCGUGGGGAUCCCUUUUCAAAAACAUGAAUUGCCCGAAAGACUACUCUAUUAUGCCCGCCGUCCAAACGGCGAUAAAAUCAGGCCCCGUGUUAGUCCUUUUAUUAGUUGGAGGAAUUUCUUUUUCCGAUUAGAGAAUUCAAAAGAUGAACCCCAGGAGCUGGAACUCCUUGGUUCAGCCAAAACCCGGUUUUGCAUCCACUUCACCAAUGAGGCAAAUGCCCUUAACCCCAAGACAAAAAAUGUGGUUCAGUCAAAUUCCCUAUAUCACGCCAGAUCAUGGUGUCAGGGAAUGGCCAAAGGAGCACUUCCCCCCCAAGUUUACAAUCACCCCAAAAAAUUGCCAAAAGGUGUUUUUUUUGAUUUGCGGGACCCAUGCUUGGGCAGGCAUCCCCUCUCACCUUUCAGGAGGUCCGUGCACCUUAGGGAAAUUGGGACUGUUUUCACCUAACAAAACCCAAAUUAUGGAUUGGAAGCAAAAGAAAAACGGUGCACAUAAAUCGGCUAUUUCUAAAAGAGAUUUGAAGAAUUUGGACCCAAACUGCGAUUCAGAAAUUGUACAUUGGAGUAAGUCUAAAGGAGUCGCAGUUACUAUAUCUGCCCCCUGGGUUUCAAUUGCCAAAAAUAUGGGGGAAUUGGCUCAUCUAGAGUGUUGGGUGGCCAAACAGUCAAAGAUGACUUCCAAGGCCCUAUAUAACUUCCUUCAAGAUGAGGAUUUAACAAGGCAAGCCACCCUCCAAAAUCGGGCGGCCAUAGAUUACCUCUUGCUCCUCCACGGGCAUACCUGUGAGGAGUUCGAGGGUCUAUGUUGUUUUAACUUGUCAAGCCGGGCCAAGGACACCAAGCAGAUCUUGCGGCAGAUGCAAGAUAAGGUCGGGCAGAUAAAAAAGGAAACAUCAGACUGGUUAACUAACAUCUUCAGUGGCUGGGGGCUCUCUGGGUGGUUAGGAUCCAUCUUAAGGACCAUUUUGUUAUUUGUGUUCAUCAUUUUAUUAAUCCUGGUGGCCUUCGGACUAAUUAGAAAAAUGAUGUUUAAAUUGAUUUCCAGUGCCACUUCUUCCCCCUCUCCAGAAGUUAAUUACACAGCGGUUGACCCUGAAGAAAUGGACAUAGAAGGCUCCGAAGGCUAUCCGGAAUCCGAAUACCUUCCUGACCCACCGCAGCCUUUUUCAUCUUAAUUAAAAGAAAAGGGGGAGAUGUGGCAGUGCAUGUUUUUUGAGUUUACUGCUUUAUGUAAGAUUUAGUUGUCUGUAAAGGUUCAGUUCUAUGUACCCCUACCUUCCCCCCCUAAUUAAUAUUCCUUUGUCCCUCUCCUCCAUCACGAGGUGUCUGCACCUGUUCCCUUCGGUUAAUUGUCAGUUAUCUUUCCCGCCUUGAGUUUUCCCCUCCCAGUUAUCUUUAAUUGGUCCGAAGCACCCUUUUCCCCCUCUGUUCUCCCUAGAGACUGUAAACCAUUGGCUGGAGGCGGCAAACCCCACCCCCUUCUCCCCACCUUCUCGGCUCCCCUUAAAACCCUGUGUUGAUUCAAAGUCUGGGUCCAGAAAACGGCUCAGAGUUGAGUUAAUAAACUCUCUGCUGCUCUGUUCGCUGGAUCCUCCUUUCCUUCCUCUGCCUCGCCGCUUUUCCACCCCCUCUCAAGCUCCUACGGGGUGUAGCACCUGCUGGAGCUGACUGUCCCGCGCAGCGCGCGGCUGGCUUCGGAGUGCGCCUUGUCCCAGUGCUUGGGCUGGCUCGGGGCGACCCCCAGUGGUUCUUUAGAGGCACCGCGGCACCCCUGUUCACAAUUUCAGUCUCUGCUGGGCCAGUUUAUAUACAGUUUCUUCAGCUGGACAGGGCAUUGCCUCACACUUCCUUUGUCUUUCCAAUU